CAUAAAAUUGGAGUUCUAAUCAACACCAGAUCAGAACUCAUUUCACGACCUCCAGUCUCUCAUCUUCAUCUUCAACCCCAAUUUUCAAUUUUUGUUCAUCCAGCUCAGUUUUUGUUCAACCUCAUCAUUCUAAGCUUCGUCGGAGGGCUCGCUUGGACCACCGACAAUGAUGCGCUGGAGAGGGCCUUUUCUCCGUUUGGUGAGAUCAUCGAAUUGAAGGGCCGUUUGACGCAGAUCAUCAACGACCGUGAGACCGGGAGAUCCAGGGCCUUCAGCUUCGGCUUCGUCACCUUCAGCAACGAGAAGGCCAUGAGGGACGCGAUCGAAGGCAUGAACGACCAGAACCUCGACGGUCGUAACAUCACCAUCAACGAGGCCCAGUCUUGUGGAAGCAGCGGUGGUGGUAACGGAGGUUACAGCUUGUGUUUUUUCUUUUUCUCUAUCUCUGGUUUAAAUGUGGAAAAUGGAUAUAUAAAAAAAUAAUUUGUAGGUGUUUUCUGAAUUUUAGUUUGCUAUCUGGUGUUGGUUGAUUUUGAAUUGGUCAUAUGUGUUGGUAGAAAAUUCAUGCAUUGUUGUCUCUCAUCUGUAGUUGUUGUUCAGUUUAAUCCUUGAAGGAGCUUGUACCCAAGUGUGUGAGGCUAGCUCACUUGUUUCAUGUUUGAUGUAGUAGCACUAGUCAUUUUGAUUUGGCUGUAAGAUUUAGCUAUAAGGAAUUGUUUUUUGCGUUUUGAAACCAAAACAAUUUCUCAUUUGAAGCAAUAAGCUAGAAUCUGUUAUACACAUGAACUUAUUUGAUGACUGCAAAGACCUAUAUUAAUUUCUUGGAUGAUCAAAUUGACUAUUUUCGGUAUGAUAUCCUGGAAGUUUGAAUUUUACAUAUAUAUAUAUAUAUAUUCCACUAGAGGGCUUUCAUAUUGUCUGACUUGUUCUCUCAAUGUACUUACAAACACAAUAUUACCUUUCCGUUUGUGGUGCCUUGUAUGUGAUGGCUUGAACCUUACUAUUCCUAAUUUUCUAACUGGUUGAGGAUAUGUUUGCUCUGCUUGAUUAUCUCCAUAU